AUGUUACAAUCAUAUAAGGAACAACAAGCAAAAUCAUUAUAAUUAAUAAAUUUUAAUAAAAAUGAUAAUACAUUAUUUUUAAAUUAAGAAGCAUUAGAAAUACUUGAAUAAUAUGAUGAAAACAAUAUCGCUUUUGUGUCAAUUGUUGGUUUGUAUAGAACAGGAAAAAGCACCCUUAUAAAUAAAUUAUUAAAUAUUGAUAAAGGAAUAGGAUUUAAAGUUGAAUCUUCAACUAAAGCCUGCACUUAAGGUAUUUGGAUGUGGCCAGAUCCAUAAUAUAAUGAAUAGGAGAAUUUAUAUAUUUUUUUUAUUGAUACUGAAGGAUCUUCUAAUGUAGAAUCUACAAACACUUUUAAUAAUGAUGCCAAAAUAUUUACUUUGACAAUGCUUAUUUCGAGCUUUUUUAUGUUUAAUAGCAAAGGUUGUAUUAAUGAAAGCGCGAUUUCUCAACUAGGGUUGACUUGUAGUCUAUCCAAAAAUAUUGUGGUAGAUGAAUAUGGAAGCUUUAUUUAGGAUGAUGAUUUGUGGAAAUAUUCACCUUGUUUUAUGUGGGUUUUGAGAGACUUUGUUUUAGAAAUAACAGAUUAAAAAGGUAGAAAUAUAUCAGAAAAUUAAUAUUUGGAAAAUUCAUUAAAUGAUAAUAAUGUAACUGAUAAAUAAUAAAAAAAUAUACGGAAAUGUAUUCUUUAAUAUUUUAAAGAUAGACAUUGUAUUACUUUUGUUUAACCUGUAAAUGAAAUUGAUAAAUUAUAAAAACUCGAUAAUAUUCCAUAAAAUUAAUUAAAAUAAUAAUUUAUUACUCAAAUAAAUAAUCUUAGAAAAAUCAUAUUUUAAAAGACAAAAGCUAAAAUAUUCAAAAACAAGCCUUUAAAUGCAAGAAUGAUGUGUUCUUUGUUGAUUUCUUUUGUUGAUAAUAUUAAUUGUAAAUAAGGAGUACCUAAUUUAUAAGCAGCUUGGGAAAAUAUUAUUAUAAAUGAAUGUGAUAAAGCUAAAUAAGUAGGAUUAUUAUAAUAUGAAAGUGAUUUAAGAGAGUACUUUUAAUCUAAAGAAAAAGCUAUAGAAUUUGUUGUUUAUAAGAAAAAUUUAGAGAAAUACGAGAUAAUGCUCUAGAUAGAUAUGAUCAUAUAGCAUCAUUUGUAGAAAGAAGUCAAAUUUAUUAUUAAAUAAGAUAGGAGUUAAUUGAGAUAAUGCAAAAAAGAGAAAAAGAAUUCUUUCAAUUAAAUGAAGAAUUAGCUCAAACGUAAUUUUCAUUUUAUUAAACUAAAAAAAUUAAGAAAAAAUAUAAACAAAAAUAAUAAUAAUUUAAAGUGA